UAUAAAAGCAGCUCUAGCUUUGCUUAGCUGUCACAUUUAAAUCAACUUGUAGUUUGUUUAAAAUUUAUUUGUUCCGUCUGGUGCGUUCAGUUCAGAUGCAUUUGCCCAGCUGCUUGAACUCGAAGUCGGCAGCAAGAUGAACGGCAUGGGCUAUCAGCUGCAUCGGCUGCCGCAGCAGCAGCAGCGGCGCCUGGUGCGCAAUCUGAUGGCCACCAUAUUGCGUCUGUUGCAGGCGACGCGGCGCCCCAUGCGCGAUACCGAAAUCAUUUCGACGCUGGCGCAGCGCUUGCAACGCUAUGAUACGGACUUUAGGCAUCAGGUGCGUCUGAAUUUGGAGGAUGGCGUUGCCUAUGGCCUGCUCAGGCGCCAGGCGAAUGCGUAUGGACUGCGGGGCAAGCAGGUGGCAACGCUAAUGCAAGAGCUGGCGCCAAAAAAAUCGAAUUAAUUGAGUAGAAAAUAAAUUAAAACAAAGCUUUGAGCCAAGUUAGGU